GUAUUUUUAUAAUCUUUUUAAAUUUUGUCCAUCGUCGUCUCGUCAUCGUCAUCAUCAAAAUCAAAACCAAGAAAGAAACCUCUGUCGUCGCCGCUCUUUCUCUAUUAUUCCCUUCCCCCCACCCCAUCUAAAUCGAAAUCUCUCUUUUACUUUCCCACAAAAUUACCACUCUUAAAAUCUUUUCUGGGUUUUCUCAUUAUUAUUUCCCGAUUCAGAUUUCGUCCCAUUCAUACCCAAUAAAAAUAAUCGGGAGGUUCCUAACGUGAUUUUGUUAUAAAUUACGCAUUUUUAAAUCGUGGGUUUCUGAAAAUUCGUCUUUUUUCUCCGAGAUUUUAGAUAGAAGUGCUGAUGCUUUGUGAGGAUUCGUCCGCAAACCUUGUAAAUGGAGAACUGUUAUUUUCAGCGAACCACUUCCAAGUUCUUUUGUCAUCGUGGUUUUGAGAUUUGGUACUAUACGGAUUUCAAUUCCCUGUUGCAAUAAGCGAGCUUCGUGAUUCAAGAACAGAACAAGAUUAAUAAUUAUAGUGAUCAGAUUUGGAAGAGGAGGUUCGCUGAUAUGGAUUCAGGUUCUGUGAACUCAUCUUCUGUCACUAGUCCAGUCUCUAGCUUGAACGAUGAGCCACAUCGUGUUAAGUUCCUGUGUAGCUUCUUAGGAAGUAUAUUGCCUCGUCCUCAGGACGGGAAACUGAGAUAUGUAGGUGGAGAGACGAGGAUCGUCAGUGUGAAUAGAGAUAUUAGGUAUGAGGAGUUGAUGAUCAAGAUGAGAGAGCUUUAUGAUGGUGCAGCUGUGUUGAAAUACCAGCAGCCUGAUGAAGAUCUCGAUGCUUUGGUCUCGGUGGUGAACGAUGAUGAUGUUACGAAUAUGAUGGAGGAGUAUGAUAAGUUAGGUUCGGGAGAUGGGUUCACUAGGCUUAGGAUCUUUCUGUUUUCUUCUCCUGAGCAGGAUGGUUCUUCCCAUUAUGUGGAACGUGAUGAUCAGAGGGAAUCUGAGAGGAGAUAUGUUGAUGCUCUUAAUAAUUUGAUGGAAGGGACAGACUUUAGGAAGCUGCAGCAACAUCCUGAUUCGCCUCGUUACGAUCGUAUGGAUGAAUUUUCGAUGAUGGAACCGAUGUUGAACCAGCUGAGUAUUGAGACUGGCGGUGGUAGCCAGAGGGGCAACGAGAUACCUAUUGCGCAGUAUAGUAAUCUUCAUCAGCUUAGGAUUCCUCGUGUGGGUUCAGGGCAGAUGCUUGCACCGAGGUAUGGUGAAGUAGAAGGUACAUGGAGUCCUUACUAUUCUCCUCGGCACCAUGGACAUCAUGAUCCCAGAACUUUCCAGGAGUUUCCAUCUUCGCCUUCUUCUGCUCGUUAUCGAAUGCCAUAUGGGGAAAUUCCUGAUACGGGGUUUGAUAGAAUGCCUGAAGAGUAUGUGAGGCCUUCACAAGCAAGUUAUCAUCCUUUAUAUGAGCACCAGCCUCAAAUUCCUGACAGUGUGGUGUGGGUACCAGCUGGAGCAAUGCCACCUGAGAGUAAAGGAGGUUUUCCUGGGAAUGUUCUUCACGGUGGUCAAGGUGGCUAUGAAGGUGGUAAUGUAUGCGAGAACUGUCGUGUACCGUAUCAUAGGAACCAUCAGCUUUUGGAGCAGCCUAAUAUAGGCAACAACGGAUUUCCACCGGCUCAUUGUGCACAGUGUCCACCAAACAGGGAAAGUUUCCUGCUUAACACAGAUCAAAAACCUACUCAUCACGGAGCUUAUCCAAAUGAGACUUUCGGACAUGAAAGAGGAUGGAUGGUUCAACAGCAGGUGAAUCCUAAUACUCCAAGGUUUGAGGAAGGAAGGCCACAUAUUUCUAAUGUUGGAAGACCAAACGAUCAUUACACUCCUGAUGGUCCUGGGAUGAAUUAUCCUCUUGAUAAACCACUUGGUGGCAUUCACCUGAAUACGGCCAACCCUUCUGCUGAGGAACGUGGGUUUCAUUAUGGGAAUAAUCUCUAUCCUCCAGGACCUGAAAGUAUCCACUCAGCAGGUCAUAGCCAUAUGCACCCUCAGCAAAAUAUUUGGCAGAACGUUUCAAAUCCUAUAGCUGGCCCUCCAAGCUUGCCCAUGCAAGUCAAUGGCACAGUCAAUCAGACUGUUAUCAGGAAUUCAAUAGAAAAUACUCCUAGGUUUUCUAUUGGAGUGGAGAGUCAAAAUGUUGUAGUUAGUUCUCCGCAAAGGAUUUCUGGCUUUGAUGGAAUGUCCUCCCCUGGCCAGCCUUACCACCCUAAUCCCCAUUUGCAAGAUAGAGUCUUCCCUUUAGACCCAAACUGGGUGCCAUCUGAGAACCCGACUGUACGUAACGAAUAUCUACAAGUGCGUGAGCAUUUGUCUGGGACAUUAUUACAGACAAACCUCAAUACUGCACCAGUUGGGCAGACACCAGUUAUGCCGACACCUGAGUGUGUUGAAGUUGUGAGGCCGGUGGAAAGCAAGUUUGCUGAGGGAGGUGAACAAUUUAACUAUGUUAAUAGUUGUGUUUCAAACGGUGUUCCCUCUCUAGAUAAGCCUCAACUCUUAGCUGAAGGAAAGAAAGAUAUGGGGAAUCUGGAACAAGUUAGUCCUUCUGCUACUACUCCUGAAGGGGCAGAGCUAUCAGUUGAGCGUUUGAGUUUCUUGCCUGAGUUAAUUGAAUCUGUGAAGAAGGCGGCACUUGAAGGAGCUGCUGAGGUUAAAGCUCAUCCAGAAGAAGCCAAAGAUCAAGUGAUGCCGGAGUUGGUGGAAAACGAACCAGAGCAUAUGAAUGCUCAAGACGAACCUGAGAUAGAUUCUGAUAGCGAUAACUCAAACAAUUUCAAGAUUGAACAAACAAAGGCUGAGGCUGAAGCUCGAUCCAGGGGACUACAGAGUAUAAGAAACGAUGAUCUGGAGGAGAUUCGAGAGUUAGGCCAUGGAACAUAUGGAUCUGUUUACCAUGGAAAAUGGAAAGGCUCAGAUGUUGCAAUAAAGAGAAUAAAAGCCAGCUGCUUUGCAGGCAAACCUUCUGAAAGAGAACGUUUGAUAGAAGAUUUUUGGAAAGAAGCCCUGUUAUUGAGCUCAUUGCAUCACCCAAACGUGGUGUCGUUCUACGGGAUAGUUCGUGAUGGUCCUGAUGGUUCUCUAGCAACUGUGGCGGAGUUCAUGGUUAACGGAUCUUUGAAACAGUUCUUGCAGAAGAAGGAUAGAACUAUUGAUCGUCGUAAAAGACUCAUCAUAGCCAUGGAUACUGCAUUUGGGAUGGAGUAUCUGCACGGAAAGAACAUAGUUCAUUUCGAUUUGAAGUGUGAGAAUCUUCUUGUGAACAUGAGAGAUCCUCAGCGUCCUAUAUGCAAGAUUGGUGAUUUGGGGUUAUCGAAGGUGAAACAGAAGACUCUAGUAUCAGGAGGUGUUCGUGGGACUUUGCCAUGGAUGGCACCUGAGCUAUUGAGUGGGAAAAGCAACAUGGUCUCUGAAAAGAUCGAUGUUUACUCGUUUGGGAUUGUAAUGUGGGAAUUGCUCACUGGUGAAGAACCUUACGCAGACAUGCACUGUGCUUCCAUAAUUGGAGGUAUAGUGAAUAACGCAUUGCGCCCUAAAAUCCCACAGUGGUGUGAUCCAGAGUGGAAGGGAUUGAUGGAAAGUUGCUGGGGGUCUGAGCCAACAGAGAGACCAUCCUUUGCUGAAAUAUCACAGAAGCUCAGGAACAUGGCUGCUGCUAUGAAUUUGAAAUAAAUAAAUACUUACAUAAAACUAGAAAAAGAAGAAUAAAGAUGAUGAUGAUGAAGAAGAAGAAGAAGAAGAAGAUGGUGAUGGUGCCAUGGUUCUUGAAGAUUUAAAGGCUUCUAUUUACUUUGGGUUUUUAUAAAAAGUAUAGUUAGCCUAUUUUUUGGUUACCACUUGUUUUGCGGUUGGAACGCCCAAACUAGCGUUUUGUGGGAGAAAGUAAAAUGGUGUUUUAUUGGUAUAUAGAUUUUCUGUUUAAAUUAGAGGAUUUUGGUUUGGAUCAUUUUUUGAUCGAGCAAUGUAUUGGUUGCACUUGAUGAUCAUUGAGGUCUGUCCCUCGUUCAAUUUUUUUUUUCUUUGGGUUUAUUAAUUUGGUGUUUGUAUAUAAGAUUGGUGGUUAAGAACGGUACACAUUAA